CCGCCACAUAAUCGAUGCCGGCCAAAAUGCGCAAGACGCGUUCUAUAAUACAUUGUUAGCAAGCUCCAGGAAGAGGAAGAAGACUUGCUCGCCUGUCAGGAUGGGAUCAGCGCCCUUGACAACCGCCAAGUCCUCCAAUGUCGUCGGGCAGUUCCUUUCGCUCAAGGUGGUGAAGAUAUCCAGAUCGAUGGCGAUCCUAACACACAUCACAUGGGUUCGGCUCCCUAGUGGCCAUUUUUCAAUAUGUGGUCGCUUGUGUAGGACGCAAUAACAAUCCCUGCCAACAGAAAACACGAGCGUCGUCAGACGCUACGCAAGUGAGUGCGUAUAAAUCCGCUCCGAUUGUCUGUAAAGUACGUACGGCAACAUCAUCCGUUCAUCUUUCGUCUCAUCAUGGCCAUUGACAAGGGCACUGAGAUUGAAGCUGUAUCUUGGAUCUUUGGCAGCAUUGCCAGCCUCGCUGUGGUGCUUCGGCUGUACACCAGAAUAUGGCUGACGCAGAAAGCUGGCUGGGAUGAUGGGUUCAUCUUUGUCUCCCUGGCUAAUGCUCUUGUAUGCUCUGGCUUGUUACAGGUUGGCAUGAGAUAUGGCCUGGGGAAGCACUCAAGAGAUAUCGCAGACCGAGAAGCCAGGAUUCAAGCAUUCAAGUAUACGGUGAUCGCACCGAACUUCUCCGUCAUCAGUACCACAACAGGCAAAAUAUCUGUCGUGAUAUUCUUGCUGCGCCUGAUGGGCCAGGCCGCCACUCCAAGCAAGCGAUGGUUCUUAUACGUCCUAACUAUAGUCUCGAUCAUUUGGAACACAUUAGCUAUUGUGGCUAUUAUCGGCUUUUGCCGACCCGCCGAAAAGAUAUGGCGCCCUGAGACUCCGGGCGAGUGCUUCAACUUAGGCUUUCAACUGCCUUUUAACGCCUUCGCGGAUCUGGCUCUUGCCAUGUUCCCUAUCGCAGUCUUCUGGCACGUUCGACUGCCAUUGAAGAUCAAAAUCGGAGUUCUGGCAGUGAUGGGAGCGGGAAUCUGUGCCGCAGCCGCGACACUGGUGAAAGCCAUCUUGCUGAAGAGCCUUCCUGCUCAUUCAGGCAUAACAUGGUCGUGGGCAGAAAUCACUGUGUGGUAUACGAUUGAGAUGCAUCUCAUCAUUAUUUGCGCGACCUUGCCGACCCUGCGUCAAUCGUACUUUGCCCUUGUUCAUCAUACCCGCCGCUCAACUUCGGGCUAUGAGUUGAGCGGCCCCAGUCUCAAGCUGAAGCCCAUUCACUUUGUACGCCGCAUGCCGGACCAAUCGCUCUUCGAAACCCACAUAGAUGCGUCCAAGGCGCAGGAUGGUACGAGUAGCCAGGAAAACAUUCUUCGAGCAGAAGAGGCGCACCGAUCAUAUAUCGUGAAGACCACGAAGCUUCAUCUCCAUGAACAUGGAAGGAGUUGAGUGCUGCCAAGCCAACAUGUACAGUAUAUACUGUACGGCCAUUUGAUCUGCAUCAAUCAUCCAUGGUGCAGUGCUUGCAUGACAAAUCAAAGUUUUAGCUUUGCCAGCAUCCUGGAGUCCGACUGACUCACGAAGCUUGGCCAAAAGAGCUG